CAAAUUAAGAAACACGAGCACAUUCGGGCGCCUGCUUGUAACCAUAGCAACAGAUAAACAAGAGAAAGCGUGAGAAAAAUGUCUGAGACAAGUGAAACUGAACACGAAUGUGUAGAUGGCCCAUAUUAUCUCGAGAAUGUGUCGUUACAGGAGGAUUCAGAAGACGAUUAUCAAUAUGAAGAAAUUAUACCUGAUGCAGAAAAGAGCUUGGUGGAGGGGGAGGAGGACUUCGAUGCAAUCGUGAGAGCGAUGCAAGACGCUAGCUCUACUACUGACGAUACGGAAUCAAGGGUGGGCAGUACUGCGAAGCAAACCUUCUCCCAUCUCCCAGAGGUGGUAAAUAACUUUCUCUGCAACUUUCUUGUCAGAAGGGGGCUGAGCAAAACAAUGGAUUGUUUCCAAGUUGAAUGGCAUGAGAUCGGUCAGAAAGACUUGUUGAAAACCCAAUUGGUGGAGCUUGUCCCUGACGCAUACACACACAACCAAUUACUGGAGAAAGAGCUGAAGGAUGUGCUCAGCGAGCGGAACAACUACAUACAGGCAGCGUUCAAAGCUAGUGAAACGCUGGUCAAGCUUAAAAAAGAAAGGGAUUUCCAUCGCCUACAAUAUCAACGUGUUGCCGAAGAGAAGAACAGACUAGUGGAUUGCAUGAAACGAUUGAAGCAACACUAUGCCUCAUACAAGCCUGCAUUAAAACAGUUGAAUGAUAGGUACCAAGAGGCACUGAAACAGAGAAUGAUGAUAGGCUUAGAGAGGGACAAAGCUUUUCGACAAACACACAGUUUGGCAGCCACCCUGUGCGAUGCACACACUUCCUCUACUAGCAGGGCAGCUAACAGAGACACAGGUCUACCACAUGCAUCACAGAUUCAGAGUAAGCCUGAGAUGUUGAAGAAUCGAAGAAUUGCUCUCAAUGAUGAUCACGAUAAAGACCCUACUAAAAGCACAGCUCAGAAUCACCCAGAUGACUCUGAGUUUCUCGUAAGCAGUCGUGUGAACCCCUACCUGCCACGCAUAAAGGCUCUGACUGCCCUGGAAACCAAAACGUCAGAUUUCCACCUCACCAACUCCAUCAAAGCCCACACCCUACCAAUAAGCUUCCUGGCUCUCCACCCUCACAAGUUUAUUUUGGCCUCGUCCAGUGAUGACCAGCUGUGGAAGUUGUGGGGCAUGCCUGUGGGGGAGAUGGUCAUGACCGGGGAGGGUCACACUGACUGGCUCUCUGGAUGCAGUUUUCACCCAAAUGGAGGAAGCUUGGCCACCACAAGCGGUGACACGACGGUCAGAAUCUGGGACUUCUCCCAAGGCCGCUGCACUCUGACUCUGGAGGGUCACAGCCAUGUCACCUGGGGCUGCUCCUUCCAUUCCUGUGGAGACUUUGUGGUAUCCUGCUCUAUGGACAACACAGCCAAGAUAUGGGACCUGCAGAGUGAGCGAUGCCGGGACACUCUGCGAGGCCACGUUGACUCGGUGAACAGUGUGUCCUUCCUGCCCUACUCAAACACUCUCCUAACCUGCUCUGCCGACAAAACGCUGUCUCUGUGGGACACCAGGGUCAGCCUGUGUGCUCAGACUUUAUACGGACACCGACAUUCCUGCAACCAUGCCACUUUCAACGCCCUAGGGGACACUGUGGCCUCCUGUGAUUCAUUUGGAGUGGUCAAGCUGUGGGAUGUUAGGAAAGUGGCAACUUUGGUAACCGUGGAUACUGGGCCGCACUCCAGCAAUCAAGUGGCCUUCAGCCCAUCAGGAAGGAUGCUAGCUAUCGCCAGUAACGAUUGUUCUGUCCAGAUGGUGGAGCUUGCUUCUUCUCUAGUGUCUAGUCUACAAGGGCAUGAUGACACUGUCCAGAGUGUAACUUUUGAUCACAGGGGAGAGUAUUUGUUAUCAGCAGCGUCGGACGGUACCAUUUUUGUCUGGUCAUGACAGUAAAUAUGGCUUUAAAUGCUUAUAAGGAAUUAGUUUGAUGCCUAAGCACUUCUCUUGGGAAAGGUUUACUUUUCUUUCAAUUAUUUAUCUCACAAAAAGUAUACAUGGCUAUGUAUGCAAAUGUUUAG